UCUCAAAGUUUCAAGUAACACAAGCUACCAGCACAUUCAAUUGCUACCAUUACUGAGCUGUACCCAAACAGGUGGCGGCCCUCUCUCUUUCAGUCUUGUAACUUGGCGAAAAUGUUUCCUGAGUAAAAACUACUGGAGAACUGUCUGAGGAUACACUAAAAUAUAGACUAGAUAUUUUAUAUCUGACAAACAGAGAGACUUCAUCAUGGCCAGGUACUUGACACAUAUUCUUUGCCUCGUGCUACAGACUGCGUCCAUCGCAGCCCAGACCAAGCCAGGGUUAUCAUUUCACUUCGUGGUUCCGAACUCUGGACGCACACCGCAGACACUGGAUGUGGAACUACACGACAUGUAUGGACAUCUGUUUUUCACCAUGAUCUGCAAAUCUCCAGACAACGAGGUCACUGUCCGGAUUAAUCCUCAAAGCGGUUCCAUUGACCUGAUAGACGAAAACCGCGGACUCAGCAAUUCCAGCGCUGGCGCCAAGUCCUGCCUCUCCGCUAACGUCAAAUCGCCCGUGAAAUGCCGGGAUUCAAGCUUCUGCAGCAACGACAACGACUGCGUGGCCACCCUGUCCUCCGCCUGCCCCUCCCUGGGCGCGGCCUCCACCUGGCAGAUGACGCAGUACUUCGACGUCACCGUGACGCAGGCGUAUGACGGAAGCUUGGCGGUGCUGAGGUGCUACGCGUUCUGCCACAGCUACGUUGCGGUGACUGCGGGGUCCGGAGACGAUCAGGCGAUCUCUGACCUUGCGGUUGGCUUUAUCGUCGCUGGAGUCAUCCUCUUCGCUGCCCUUCUCAUCAUCUCUGUCGUUGCUUGGAAAAUUAGGAGCACGCACCAUCUUCAGGCCGAGAGUGAAGGUCACCAGAAGAAUCAUCACAUUGAAUAUGCAAAGUAGACAUCUGAACUUUGACCUGGACAAUAAUAACGUCAUUACUUGAAUUGCCUCGGUUUGAAGCUUUCUUUAUAAGCUCUUGAUGUAAUAAUGUGAAAAAAAAAUUAUAUGACCAAUGUUUUCGGGUCCGUUAAUUGAAACACGAGUGUAGUAUAUUAUCUUACGAGACCACGGAAAUAUUGGACUGUUUUUAUCAUUCAAGAAUUACAACUCUAUCUUUAAAAUAAUAAAUAAAAAUAAUCUUAUAUACGUUCUAGUAUAGACUGUACAUUAUAUAUCGAAUUGGUAUGACCUGAAACUGGUACUUCUUGUUGAAUCAAAAUGUACUUUUAAAAACCAAUUAUAAUAUA